AUGAAACUCUUCAUUAUUGUUCUUCUCUUUACCUUAUCAUCAGCAAAUCGUUUUUAUCAUAUGAAUGAUGAUGAUGUCUUCAAAACUAUUAGAAAAGCAGAAAGUGGAAUAGAAAAAUUAGAAGUUAUUGUGAAAAAACAAGAGUUAUGUGAACAUCACAUUGAAUAUGGAGACUAUGUAAGUGUUCAUUAUAAUGGAACUUUACAAGAUGGUGUCCUUUUUGAUACAACUGCUAUUAAAGAUGAACCGUUUACUUUUCAAGUUGGAGUACGACAAGUCAUUCCUGGAUGGGAACAAGGACUAUUAGGUAAAUGUGAAAAUGAUGAAUUGACAUUAAUAAUUCCACCACACCUUGGGUAUGGAGAUCGUGAAGUAGGAAUGAUUCCAGCUAAUUCUAUUCUUAAGUUUGACAUUAAAAUAGUGAAAGUUAUUUCAUAUUUUGAUGCACAAUUUAAUAAAAUUCGAGAUGAUUUAUAA